CACUCGACGCUCCUGUACACACGUUUACAACUCUCUUAUUAAAUAUUUUUACAGCGAUUCUUCCUUACUUUGUCAGGUAAACUGUCGUGAAGGUUUUUACUUUGUUCGUCUGGUAGGACACCAUUCUACUUGGGGAGUGAAGCGUGACGUAUCAAGCUCAGGACAGCGUGCUGAUUAGGAUGACAUUUGAUCGAUCUGUCACCGUACAUAUAUUUCCGAAUAACGGGUGUGUCACAUUCUAUCCGAUCUUACACCGUACAUAUGACGGGUGCGUCGGGAUCACCACUUACAGGAGGAAUAUGUAGGCGCUAAAAGUAUCGUAAUCCAGAGGAUUGAAAUCGGGAACACUCCAGGACACGCGACAAUUCUCCAUGGACACGCCGGCGCUUCACCGUACCUGGACAAAUAUGGAAACUGAUGUUAUGACCCAAAUCCUCAGCACGUAAACACGGCAUUUUAACUGCCGCAUGUACACUAAAAUUUGUACGCAAGGUGUGCAUCAGAUAUGUGAAGUUUGUUAACAGGUUAAAACGUGUGAACAAGUGCUCAAAUGCGCAUUCCUUAGCCAUUAACUCGGGAGUGAACAUAUAGCUAUCUAUGUUUAAGCGGUGAAAUUUUAUCAGAUGUGCCCGAGGAUACUAGAAACUUUUAUGUCUCAGCUUGGUAGCACGCCAGGGACGGUUUUUAAGUGAAUUGAUUAUCUCAAUGUUCUGAAAAUGAAAGAACCUAAAAUGUUGGCAGGGUCCAUUUGUGACCAUGGUAGGAGGCGUCAUAAACGCGUGUCUUCUGCUAAAGGCAGGAGAGCGCCAUCUACAGCCAAACCCGCACAAAGUGUUGCCAACACAAAGGGACCGCAUGUGGUGCAAGUUGAUGUCACGAGCCCACAAAAAGGCACGUCAGAAACAGAACAACAGGGUGCACCGGAAUUCCAUGGUGCUGACGAGGACAAAUCUUUGACACAUAACACAGACGUUCCAAAUGACGAUGGAGACGUCAUUCAGGAAACUGUGAGUGAAAUGGAAAACACUGAUUUGGUAAGCUCCGAAACCAACGAGACCAAAUCAGACAUUCCCAUGCAGAAACAACACAUUGUGGUCAAUAUGAAUAUCCAGGACCUGGAUGAGGGCCUGGAGGGGAGCCUGGAGGGGGGCCUGGAGGACGAUGACGUGUUUGAAAGUGAUAUAAAGAACAGUCAAGAUGAAAACAAAUACAGAAAGCGUAAACCGUUGACGCGAGACCAUAAGAAAGAUAAAGAUUUGAAGCCUAUUAAUGAGUGUGAUGAAAGCGGCAUCAUUACAACAGAAAACGGUGAUCAGGAAACGGAGAAAGCCGAGGAGGUCACAGCUACUACAUACACGAAUUAUCAAGUCUCUCUUCCAGUAAAUGGAGACGUUGAAACUAAAUUAACUGUCGAUAUCGAUAAAGUGAAGCGUCAUACUAUCAAAAGACCGAAAUCCGAGAAAUUUAGGAGACCAAAAUCGUCAACUGUGUCUGAUAAACAAAAGCGGCGACCUUUGUCUAGUAUGGUAUCCGGAAGACCGAGUUCUGCUUCCGGUGGAACCAGUCGAUGUACGAUAGUACCAACGCUACGUGUAACGAAGGCGGAGCUCGAGUACUACCUACCGAAACGGAGUUUUUUCAGUUGUCAUGACAAAGCACUGAAAGACGCUGGUUAUGGUACUGGUAAGACUCCUCGGCAAACAAGGAUGAUAGAGGCUUGGGCGAAACAAACGGAAAACAAGACUUUCGGAGAAAGAGUACCAACUCCUCAAGAUAUGGAAAAUUCUUUGGACAGCGACAAACAGCAUACAGCUGUAGAGGAACUUGGAGAUGACGCAAAGCAGAGGCACCCAAGUGAGAGUUUGUCAGAGGCAGGGAGUAGAGAAAGCGUAUCGUCGACUGUAGCACAGCUUCAUGACCAUAGGCUAAGCCGCCAAGUUUCUAAUAUUUCAAUUCGCUCCAAUGCAUCUUUGACUCGGAAGUUGUCUCGACUAUCGCGCAGGCGCGGUGAUAACGAAGACGAUGAAAUAAGGGUUGACUUUCAGCCACUGUUGCAGUACCUUAAACAUAUUAGUGAGAACCCGGAUGACUAUGUGCAUCAACACAAACAAUGGAAAGCUGGAGUUCCGUCCCAAGAUUCUCUAGUAAAAUUGGGAAAUAUCUACCGUCGAGGCAGACACGGGCCGUCCUCAGACAGUACACUUGUGAAUGCCGUGCAUGACAUCAACCCGAGAUUUAGUGAUCCCAGCCAAUGGACGAAUACAAACAAGGAAAAGACCUUACUGACUUUAACAUCAUCAAAAAGGGACUCCAGCCAAUUUCUAUCAAAGAUUGAAUUGCACGAUUCUGGGACCAGCUCUGAUGAACCAAAAAGCGAGUUUGAUAAAAUAAAACACAAAAUGGAGGCGUGGCUUAAAACAGUUACUACGGCACAACUUGUGAAGGCCAAAGAACUUGCCCUUCGGGAGUUGGGCGAGGAGGACGCUUCACAGUCCCGCUGGUGGGUCUCGCUUAAAUCUUGUUACUAUUUAAGGUAGUGUGGUCAUUAACGCUAAUAGGUUUCGCUCAGGUCAUAUGACAGUCUGUGAUAUUGUAUGACUUUUAACGCUUACUGGUCUCACUCAGGCCAGACUGUGAUACUAAGUUAUGUAUGCAUUAUAGUGCUUAUUAUUAGACUUGCUCAAAUCAUGUGAUUACUUAUGAUAAUGUAUGCCUUUUAACGCUGAUUGGUCUUGUCCAGGUCAUGUGCCUAUGUGAUAACGUAUGACCAUCAACACUAAUCAGUCUUGUUGAGAUUUUGUGGCAAUGAUAAUACAUGGCUACCAUCGCUGAUUGGUCACGCCCAACUCCUACAUGUAUAUUGUAUUUUAUCACAUACCUAUGUAAUCUUACAAUAAUAAUACAACACUUUUCUGUUGAUAUUGUCUGUCGGUUUGUAUCACACAUAUGGGAUACAAGAUGUUGUAUCACCAUAUUAGCCGGAACUACUUUUUAGGUGAAUUCCCUUGUCAUUGCGAGCUGAAAAGUUCCCGGUAUUUGCAAAAAAAUAUCAAAGUUUAUAAAAUCUUUGUAUCGAUCUCUACCAAAUACGGAAGG